GGAGAAUAUCCCGAUCAAGACCCGGUGGUAGAUAUGCCGACAGGCAUCGACGUUACGCCAUGAAUUAUAGCAAUAUACUAAUAAAAAAGCAAAAUCCACCAUGGCUUUUCUCAAUAUUCAUCGCAUCAUACCCGAAAAUUCUGGAGAAAAACGAGAACGGCUUACAGAAGAGGAAAAGGUGAAUUAUAGAACACCGUCAAACCCUUUUCAGAUCCAGAAUCGACUUCGACCCAAGAAGGAACCAGUUCUUUCUGAAAACAGUCAUUGAAGUACAAACCUAGAUUAGUUGUAUAUAUUGUCGAUCAUCGCAUUUCUGUCUAGUCUCUAGUGAUUCAGAGACUACCUUGAUUAUAGAUGUGGCCUAUACAUAUCCUUAACAAGCUACUAAAAUCCGAAGGAAAUAACAUUCAAGAAGAGGAAGAUGAUACAAGUUUGGCUGAACCAUACAAUUUCAAACCUUCACCUAAAAAUGGUAACGUCAACAAGACAGAUUUGGGCCACUCGCACUUUGUUGAAGUCCCACAUAUAAAACAAUCACGUUCAUGGGAUUGUGGUCUUGCUUGUGUUUUGAUGGUUUUGAGAACGCUUGGUCUCAACCAUUAUGAUAUUCAAGAUCUGGAGGAUUUGUGUCGUACAACCAGUAUAUGGACUGUGGAUCUGGCAUAUUUAUUGCAAAAGCUUUCUAUUAGAUUCUCUUACUUCACGGUAACUUUUGGUGCUAAUCCAGAUUUUUCAGUGGAGACAUUUUACAAGGAGCAAUUGGCCAAUGAUAUAGGGAGAGUAGAUAUGCUAUUUCAGAGAUCGAUAGAAGAGGGAAUAAAGAUAGAGCGCAGGUCAAUUAAGGGAGAAGAAAUCAUUUUUUUGAUCUUAUCAGGAAAAUAUAUUGUGAUUGCUCUAGUUGACCAGUGCAUAUUGAGUAAGCCUUGGAAGGAGGAUGUUCGUAUACCACAAUUUUAUAAUGGCACUGCAGCUUAUACUGGUCACUAUGUUGUUAUCUGUGGCUAUGAUGCUGUUACCGAUGAAUAUGAGAUCCGAGAUCCAGCCAGCUCGCGGAAACGUGAAAGGAUCUCUUCGAAAUGCUUGGAAGAAGCUCGCAAAUCAUAUGGCACAGAUGAAGAUAUCCUCCUGGUAUCACUAAUGAAUGCCGAAAAUUAACAAGAUUUUGAUGAAUAUUAUUUCCGCGGAUGGCGAUGGUCAUGUACAGCAGCAUCCUUCCUUUGUGCAGUGUAAAAUAAGUGAGAAUUUGUUCAUGGAUUUUAGGAAGAUUUGAUUGAUACACCAAUUGUUUAUUCGACAACAAACCAAUCAAAUUUGUUGUACUAUCAUACCACUUUGUUUGCCAUUUUAUGUUUUCAGAUUGUGAAUUGAUUAAUGUUUUAUACACAAUAAUU